AUGCCGCCCUCCUCUCCGUCUCUCCGUCUCCUCUUCUCCCGCCGCCGCCCUACCGCUCCGCACCACCAUCUCCGCCGCCGCCACAGCCUCUCCACCUCCGGCCCUGCCGCGGCCGCUGCCAUUCCACCUCCCUCCCACAACCGCGCCGCGCACCUCGCCGCCGCCGUCCACGGCGCGGUCGCGGCCAAGAACUUCGCGCACGCCAUCCGUUUGACGAAAUCCCUCGUCCAGGUGUCCUCUUCCUUCCCCGGGCGGAGUUCUGCUGCCACAGCCGCCGGGGCCGGCGCCGCAUUCGCGGCUCUCUCCUCCACCUCCACCUCCCCUGCCCCCGCCCUCGGCGUGCUCGUCGUCGCCCUCUCCCAGAUGGAGCUGCUCGACGAGGCCCUGUACGUGUUCCGGCGCUUGUGGACGCUGCCGGCGCUGCCCGCGUGCAACGCGGUCCUGGAUGGACUCGUGAAAGCACGCAGGUCUGGGUGCGCCUGGGAGCUGUUCGACGAAAUGCUUAGACGGGGGAUGGUGCCCAGUGUGGUCACGUACAAUACUCUUAUCAAUGCAUGCCGGUACCAGGGUGCUGUGGCGAAGGCUCAGGAGAUGUGGGAUCAGAUGGUGGCACGGCAGAUUGAUCCGAAUGUGGUCACAUACACGACGAUGAUAUGUGUGCUUUGUGAAGAGGGCUGCAUUGGUGAUGCUGAGCGGUUGUUUGGCGCUAUGAAGGAAGCAGGGAUGCAGCCUAAUCAGUAUACAUACAAUGUGCUGAUGAGCGGUCACUGUCUGAGAGAUGAUGUCAACAGUGCAUUUGUGUUGUACCAGGAAUUGCUGAAUAGUGGCCUCAUUCCAAAUGCUGUUGUCUUUACAACCCUGAUUGACGGUUUCUGUAAAGCGAUGAGGUUCAGUGAAGCAAAAGAUAUGUUCCUUGACAUGCCCAGUUUGAUGGAUGGAGCUUUCAGGUCUGGAAAUGCACAAGAAGCAUUGUCACUUUAUCAAGAGAUGACUCGCUUAGGUUUGUGCCCAGAUGAGUUCACCUGCAGCAUUGUUGUGAGAGGCCUUUGUGACGGAGGGCAAAUGCAGGUAGCGGCCAGGUUUCUUGAAGGUGUGAGGGAAGAUGGUGCUAAUCUGAAUGCAGCUGCUUACCAUGCACUGAUUGAUGAGUACUGCAGGAAUGGGAAUUUGGAGGAAGCACUAGCAACAUGCACUAGAAUGACUGAGGUUGGAAUUGAGCCCAAUGUGGUGUCAUACUCCUCCUUGAUAGACGGGCAUUCAAAACUAGGGAAGAUGCAAAUAGCAAUGGCUAUAUACACUGAGAUGGUGGCUAAAGGGAUUGAGCCUAAUGUGGUCACAUACACUGCUCUUAUUCAUGGUCAUGCCAAGAAUGGUGGCAUAGAUGCUGCUUUUCGUUUCCACAAGGAAAUGAUAGAGAAUGGUAUUUCACCUAAUGCUAUUACAGUGUCAGUUCUUGUUGAUUGUCUGUGCAGAGAGAAUAGGGUUCAGGAUGCAGUCAGGUUUGUGAUGGAGCACUCAGGGAUAAAGUACAGUGAUAUUCAUUCUUUCUUCUCAAACUUUACAACUGAAGAAGACCCUUUAAUUCCAAACAGUGUGAUAUAUAUGACCUUGAUAUAUGGCCUGUAUUUAGACGGCCAACACUAUGAAGCUGGCAAGCUUUUCUCCUACAUGAGAAGAUCAGGUAUGAUACCUGAUAGCUUCACCUAUACACUACUGAUACGAGGGCAGUGCAUGCUUGGCUAUGUCAUGAAUGCCAUGAUGCUCUAUGCUGAUAUGAUGAAGGUUGGUGUUAAACCAAUGAGGUACAAGAUAGUCUGCCCUGAGAUUUGGUCAUGGGCACCACUGAAUGACCCCCAAACUGUUGCUCUGAAUUUUGUGGUACAGGUUCUGAAUGAAAAGAGCAUAUUCCUUCCCUGUGACAUUAUCAGCAACAAUGCUGAUUAA